UUAACCCCAGAAACAAGUCAUCGCAAGAUAAGAAACUUUGAAAUGAAAAUCUCCAAACAGCCAGAUAAACGCUCCAAUUUCGUAAUAACAUAAACAAAGAUAAAUAAGUAUGACAAACAAACCGCCAAGUGAGCGCGAAGCUUGGCAUAAUGUAGUAUUUCGUGUCCCAAGCAUAUAUAUGUGCAUAUAUAGUGAUUCGCCAAAAAGUGCAAAUUGACAAGCGGACGGAGCAGCUCCAGCCACUGGGCCGGCAAAUCUAGCUCCACUCCAGUGGCAGUCGUCGGCGGAAGCAGUCCAGUGUCACUUCUCGUGCAAGGUUCGUCUCCGGUUCUCCGACUCUCCGGUUCCGUUCGACUCACGCUAACGGCUUUUCGGUUCGGUUUUUCAUUUAACUUUUCGCAGCCCUCGCGUCGGCCAGGCAUGUGAUUCGGAAAAGGCCCUUAUGAUAGUGCUAACUAAAGACCCGACUAACUAAACAUAAGUUAUAUAAAAUUAAACCCGAUAUAAAUUUGAAAAUAAACCAAGAAAUAUGAGCGGCGACCAGGCCAAAGAGAUCGAGGCUGUGCCGCCCUCGCUGCAGGACUUCAAGGCUCCGGUCCUGCCGGACAACAAGCUGGUGCUCUUCUUCCAUCCGUACAACUUCUACUCACAAAAAGUUCUUCUUGUUUUAUACGAGAAAAAGAUUGACUUUUUCCCCUACGUUGUGGACUUGUGCAAUGGCGAGCAGUAUUCCAGUUGGUUCCUGAACCUCAAUCCCAAGGGCGAUGUGCCAGUGCUGCAGGAUGGAGCCUUCAUUGUUCCCAACUCGACGCACAUUAUCAACUAUGUGGAAAGCAAGUUCCGCGGAGCUAAGCAUCCGGCGCUAAAGCCCCAACAAAACUCCAAGGAAUACGACCAGGUGCUGCUCUAUGAGCAAGCGGUGGGCCGUCUGCCAGUGGGAGCGCUCAGUUUGGGUUCCUUUAUACACGAUGACCUGAAACUAGUGCCCAAGGCACCCUUCAUAGGACCCGUGCGCCAGUCCUGCCUGAAGAACAACGAAAAGGUGCUGGACCUGCUGCGGCGCUCCGUGGAAGAGCUGGCGUCUAACAAGGCUGCGCUAAAGAACAAGCUGGACAUCCAGGUGCGUCGUCGGGAUCUGGUUUCCUCUCGCGAGGAUUUCCAGCGUGUCCUAGACGCCGUGCGUCACUUCCUGCUCUACGUGGAGCAGGAGCUCUCGGCGAAAGCUCCCCGCAGUGAAUGGCUGACCGGAGACGAGGUUACCCUGGCGGACAUCUCACUGGGACUGCUUCUGCACCGGCUGUACCAACUGGGCUUCGAGAAUCACUACUGGGCUUUCGGCAAGCUGCCCCAGGUGGAGGCCUACUUUCUGCGCUUCCGGCAGCGCGAAUCCUACCACCGCCUGCAGCCGAGCAACUUUGCGAUUCUGCGCGAAAUGUGGAUGCGGACGCCGGGCAACUACAAGCUGGGAGCGGGCGCCGGCUUCCUCGGUAUGGCCAUGUUCGCAGCCUUCGCCCACAAGUGAGCGGACACUAGACUUUGUUAACAAAUCCUUUUACUGUUAAAGUUGGGCACAUAUAAACACACGAACAUAAGAACGCUUAAAGCUACGCGCUGCCGAUGAAGGAUGCUGGGUCCGGGAUCCCGAGAUCCGAUACGAUCCUGGGGUGUGAUGGUAAGGAGGAGGAGGAGGAUGAGGAGCAGAACGCGAACCAGUGCCAGCCUCGAGCUGCUUAGUAAUAUCAUCGUUUUAUCAUCAUUUCAUCGUCGCUGAAUAUACAAAAAAAUUUGG